UAUCAAUCUUUUUACAAAGUACUGAAAGCCAAAAACAGCUUUUGCUAUUUUAGUGCAAACUUCUCGAAAUUUCACCACAACAGUUAUGGAAUUCUGUGCGACCGAUCACCAGCAUCAGCGGUACAACCCUUUGAAGGGCGAGUGGGUGCUUGUGUCACCUCAUCGUAUGAAGAGACCUUGGAGUGGACAAGUAGAGGCAACUAAUGACCCCAACAUCCCUGAGUUUGACCCUAGCAACCCUCUGUGUCCAGGGGUUACUAGGCCUAAUGGUCAGGUAAACCCCAGCUACGAGUCAACCUUUGUUUUUGACAACGACUUCCCCGCGCUGCUAGCGGACGUGCCUAGUCCCCCUAAUGGUGAGGAUGACUUGUUCCGGUUGUCUGCAGCUCGAGGUGUUUGUAGAGUCAUGUGUUUCCAUCCAAAAUCCAACAUCACGCUGCCUCUGAUGAGCCUUCAGGAAAUACGAUCUGUGAUUGAUAAGUGGAUUGAACAAAUGAUAGAAUUAGGCACAAAGUAUGAUUGGGUGCAGAUAUUUGAGAACAAAGGAGCCAUCAUGGGUUGUUCCAAUCCCCAUCCUCAUUGCCAGAUAUGGGCUUCUUCAUUUUUGCCAAACGAGGCUCGUAUCAAAGAUGAUAACCAGCUGGCGUACUACAAGAAACACGGACGGCCGCUACUCAUGGACUAUGUAGAAAAAGAGGUUAAGAAACAGGUGCGCAUUGUGGUAUCCAACUCAGAAUGGGUUGUGGUGGUUCCGUUCUGGGCUGUCUGGCCGUAUGAAACAAUGGUUCUACCUCUGAAACAUGUGCAGCGCUUCACAGAUCUUAGUGACAAGCAAAAAGAUGCCUUAGCCGACAUUAUUAAACAGAUCACAGUCAAGUAUGACAAUCUGUUUAAAGUAUCUUUCCCUUACUCUAUGGGUUGGCAUGGAGCCCCAACUGGCUCAAGAAUGGACGACAGUCGCCAUUGGGUGUUCCAUGGUAUUUAUUUCCCCCCUCUUCUAAGAUCGGCUACUGUCAAGAAGUUUAUGGUUGGAUUUGAAAUGUUGGCACAAAACCAGAGGGACCUAACUGCAGAACAGGCAGCGGAAAUUCUCCGUAAACUUCCUGACAAGCAUUACACUCUCGCCUCAUCAUGACUUUUUGACGGAAUCCCUACAAAUAUGUAGUUGUAAAUUAAAUCAAUUUAUUCGUCACAAAAAUGAUACAUAAUCAACAGUGAAUUUUGUAAUCUGCGUUAACACAUAGAUAGGUACGGUACUGGAGAAAUUUGCUUGUGGGACGACUGUGCGCUUGCAGUUGUAGUAUGGUGUACCGGAAAUAUACUUGUAGCAAGGAAGAGCUUGAGCGGCGAGCACUGUGGGGAAAUUCCUAUCGUACAGGGCACAGGGUCUUCCUCCAUCGGGAGUGUUGUAAUACAGGAUGGCAUGGGCUGUUGUGUUGUACUUUGCUCUAGACACCAGCAACCAGUGCUGGACACCACUUAAGUGUACCAUUGAAUGUUACCUGUACCUUCUCUUAACAAAAUGAUUAUAGUAGAAUGUAUCUACAUAUAAAAAAUUUGAAAAUACUUUGUUUUAUAUCUAACUUUAUCCACUAAAAGAAAAUUUAAAAAUUCAAUUCAUGUAGAUGAAUCGUUCAGUAAGAAGCACAUUAUUGUAGCAGUUUUUAACUAACUUUUUACUCCAGCAAUGUUGGUCUUAGGGACUACAAUGUCCACAUGUAAUUGUUGUAGCUAUAUACAACUAUUUUAAAACAUUUUUAUUAGCUCGCUUUCUUGUCCGGUACAAAUUUUGCAAUCAAUUUUAUACUAUAGUUAUACUAUAACUUCCCUAUGAGCUAGAGACUUGAAACUUGAAGCAGCUUUUGAAUGGAUGACAAUGCAAUAUUAUAUCAUUUAAUGAAAAUAAUUUAUAAAUAAAAAUACUUUUAAAAAAUGCCACGUUUUUAAAUGCACAAAAAGUAGAAAAUAAUUUAUAAAUAUGUUGAGAGAAUGAAUACUUGUAAGAUUUAAAACAAAAAACGUGGGGCUUGAUCAUAAUAGUUCAAUAGGUGAAGUUAAUUGUAAAUUAGCAUGUGCCACGUUUUUGGUUUUAAAUCUUGCAAGUAUUUAUUCUCUCUACAUAUUUAUAAAUUAUUUUCUACUUUUUAGUGUGUUUAAAAACGUGACAUUUUUUAAAAGUAUUUUUAUUUAUUAAUUAUUUAUAAUUAAGGAACAAAGUGCCAAAAUAUGAGGUUAAGAAGAGUGUAAUGACUUACAGUUUUACAAACAUGUUAACAGAUCAUUGUACUGUAUGUUACUUGAAAAUUUUAGAAUCUUUAUAUAUGAAGCAUAUUUACACUAAAGGUUUAAAUGUAUUUAUUAUUUGUUCAUAUAUUUUAGUACUUUUACAAGAGUAGGCCUACACCAGGGCUAUUUUGUACUUUUUAUUAAUAUCUGAUAUAUUUCUAAUAUACACUGAUAUAUGAAUAUAGCUUUAAAGACCAAUAAUCUUACAAGGUUUUACCUUUGACUAUUGUUUUACCAUAGACUAACCAACACAAGUAGACACCAUUGUAGGCAAUCUCAUUGUAAAUUUUGAAGCUCGUUUAUCGUGACUAGUAUGUACAUUGGGCGCUAGUGUCGACGACAUUUUGUUUCUAUUAUUUUAGAGUUAAUUUCUUGAUUUGUGCUUUACUGUUUGGUUAUAUAACUAGGGGAUGAGUUAUUGUUUAUGAUUGAUCAUAUGAUUUUGUUAAACAAGGUUUAACAUUAAACAAAAAAAGUUUAAACAAGAACAAACAUUUUAAACAAACCACAACCUCUGCAGUAGGCCUACACCGUACAGAACUAACAAUCAAAUCGUCCUUAGCUGUUCAAUAAGGAUGAGAAAUGUACUAAGGGAGAUGUUUUAUAUCUAUAGUUUUACCUACUACUUAAAUUAAUUUGAGUUUUAAGAUAUUAUACUAAACUAUGACUAUUUUACAAAACAAAAAUUAAUUAAAGUUUGUGUAAAGUUGUUGAUGUUUGAUUUCUUAUUUUAUGUUGUUUUCAUUUAACAAAUAAUUAUUGUUGUUACAAGUGUUUUAUUUUAUAUUAAAAAAAAAAUAUGUGGGUAAUUUUGUAAAUAAUGUGUUUAUUUUUUUACUUUUUACUUACAAUAUUUACAACUUACUUGUCAUUUUGUUGUUUUUGUGCUUGUUAUUGUUUGUACUGUAGUGACUUACAAAUUGAAUUCAAACUUAAUUAAAAUUUAAUUUUGAUUAUUCUAAAACAAAAUUUUAAUUACAGUACUAUAGUUGAGUUUCUGAGAACCUGAUAAUUAUUUCUACGUACCGUACUUGUAGGAAUACAAAAUAUUUGCCCUGCUAAAUUCAUUUUUACAAUCAAUACAAAUAACAAAUUUUGUCUAAAAUAUAUCCUGCAUUUUGUAUGCAAUCUUCUUCAUAUAUGUCAAAUUCCACAUCCUAGAUACCUAUAACACAUCUGUCUUAUCUUAACAUCUAUAUCACUAAUUGAUUUAUGUAGGUAAUAUGCUUUUAAGUAGUAUCUUAUUUUAUGAACUCACUUUUUAUUGUAUGUCAAGUAGGCCUAGCCUACAUCGUUGAUUAUGUGCCGUGCUAAUUAUGUGCAUGACGUACAAAUAUUACUCCGUAGCAGAUUUUUAGUUACCAAAUACCAAAUGUGAACUUAAAUGUAUUUCAAGUCCAUUUUUAAAGUUGUUUUAUACCAGUAAACCUAAUACUUUUAUCAGAGAAGUUAUAAUAAAGGGGGAAAAAUAAAUUUACUUUUUAUGUAUGAA